AUGGCAUACUGCUGCAAGUGUCCUCUGCGGUUGGAGAAGAGUUUCAUCUUGGAUGGAGUGGCCGUGAGCACCAUAGCCCGCACCUAUGAGCAUUUGAGGCCCAAGCUCUGGUCGGCGAUCCCACCUUACAACGCUCAGCAGGACUACCACGCCUGCCGGUACUUCAAGAGCGGCGUGGUUCCGCCCAUUUUGCGGAAAACUGAUCAGGAUCAUGGCGGUACAGGAAGGGAUGGCUGGAUAGUGGAUUAUUUCCACAUCUUCGGGCAAGGACAGAGAUACCUCAACAGGAGAAACUGGGCAGGGGCAGGGUAUUCCCUCCAGCAGGUGAUGGGGCAUGACUACUACAAUGCCAAUGUGAAAAAGUACAGAGGGUUCAAUGGUGAGUUUGGCUAUCGCAGGAACACCCCAGCCCUCCGCCAGCACACAUCUGUCUUUGGAGAGGUCACCCAAUUCCCUCUCUUCUAA